AUCAAAUAAAAAUCAAAUCAGCUGAGAAUUUCACAAAAAUUUCUUUGGAUAUAACCACGCACACACACACACACCCACACACCAACAUACGCACAUACAACAACAUACCAAAACACAAACAGGAAAAAUUAAAAUAAACAAAAAUAUAAAGAAAAAAUAAAACAACAAAUUUGUUCCGCAUUAAACUGUAUAAAAUACACUGCAUUUUGGAAUAUAGUUUCUACUUGAAUUUUCUACAACUCAAAAUAUUAUCUCACAUUGGAUAUGCAAAAAAUGCUAUGAACCGAGAUAAGGUUAACAAGAAUUUGGUUGACAUGUUUAAAGUUCACAUACGUUCUCUCACUUAACAUAUCGUUAGUCUGAAGUCGAGGACAAGACCAGAAACGAAACAGGAAAGAAACUGAAAUACAAAAAAAUAUCAUAUCAAGACUUUAAGUGGGUGUCACCAUCACCAUGGACUUACCUUCGAUGGUGCAACGUUCUGGUGACACGCUUAUCGUACGCAGUGUUGUUAGUGGCAAUCAAUUGUAUAUGGAGCCAGGUAGCAACAACAACAACAACAACAACAGUAACAACAAUCACAAUAGUAGCAAUCAUAGCUCACCAAACGCACAGCAAACAAAUAAUGCCAAUGCAUUGCAAGCUGUGCAACAGUUGGAAAGAUAUCGUUUGCAACAAUUGUUGCAGCAACAACAACAGCAGCAACAACAACAAGCUGCUGCCGUUGCCGUGGCCAAUAGUGUGCAACAACAACAUCAGCAACAGCAACAACACCAACAGCAACAGCAACAGGCUUCUAACUCCAUAGAUGCCAAAGAAGAGGGUCUACCACAAUGCAAGAUCAAACGGAAUUAUAGUUGCAAUCACUGCGCCUAUUUCACACAGAAUCCCCGCUAUCAUCUCACCCAUUUGCGAGAUGUGCAUGGCGAGAAGAUUGUGAUUAAUAAAUGUAAACUCUGCCUUUACGCUUCGCGUCAUUUCCAGAAGCUAGUGCGUCACAUGAAAAUGGUGCACGGCUGCACAGAUGGCAUUCCCAGUGGCCAUGGACAGGCACGAGGGAAACGCGGCAUGAGUCGUGAGGCACGCAAACGUCGUCUCGAGGAGAGUGUCGGUGUUAUGGCCGAUCAGUCAACGAACUUGGCCAUUGCAGUGCAUGAUAUGCCCACCCUGGAGCAGGUUAAAAGAGAACUACAAUUGCAAGAGCAGAAGCUGCAACGUGACAUUGAGGCCUACAAGCAGCGGCAACGCGAAGAGGAACAUCAACGGGAGCAACAGCAACAACAACAGCAGCAACAGCAACGCGAUUUGGUCAGCAGUUAUGAGCGACAGCUGCAGGUAUUACGUGAGCUGGAGGAGCAUCAGAAUCUGGCCGAUCAGCCAACACCCUCGCCCAGUGGUUCGGCCACUCCGCCCUCUCAAGGGGAAGAGCCCCAGAAUCGUCUGCUCAAGUGCAGCGCCUGUGACUACACGACCCUUUACCGCACUCAAUUGCGUGCCCAUGAGCUGUCCGAGCAUGGUAAAACCAAGUUCUUCCGCUGCGAUAAGUGCAGCUAUGUGACGCACAUAAAGGCUCGAUUUAGCAAACAUGUGAAAUACCACUCAAUGCCCAUGAUUAAGUGUGUAACCUGCGACUUUCGUACACCAUAUAAAUGGAAUCUGGAUAGGCAUAUGAAGAAUCAUGGCGGAGCGGGUGCCUUCAAGUGUGCCGCAUGUGAUUUCACAGCUGAUAUCAAACAAUCGUUGACAGUCCACGAGAUGAAUCAUCAUGUUCCGCCUGUGGGUAAUGCCGGUUCCAUAUGGCCAAAGCGACAAAAUAAAGUGGGAGCCAGUGAAAUGUGUGAUGAAUUCCUAAGCGAUUCCGCCGAACUGGAGGAUCAGUACAAUAACAAUAAUGUCGAUGAUGAUCUAGACGAUCCCGAGGGUUUAGACCUUAUGGAAAGUGGUCCCGAAGAUGGUCAUUAUGGCAAGCGCAGCAAGUACGAUGAUUACGAAGAGCCAACGGACUUAUCGCAAAAAGGUGGCUCAUCGGAUACCUCAAGUGUGGGUACCACAACACCAAGAGCUCAGCGACCAGUUCCCAAUCUCAUACCCAUAACCAAAAGUCCCAAAAACGUAUUGAAUCUCUCCAAGGAUUCGAAUGCCUCACGCAGUUCUCUUACAGAAAUCGCCUCCAAAUUUUUCAAUGAGAAGGAAAUCUCUGAAAUGUUAGACAAAUCGGAUGUAGCUCAACUAUCACCAGCCACCACGGUAACAUCGCAUGCAUCGUCCCGUAGCCAUUUGACCAAAAAGUCAUCGAGCUCGUUUCUCGAUAAACUAAGAACAGGAGCCCAGCACGAGAAUCUCGUUUGUCAGUGCGGUCAUGUGGCCAAAUGUCUCUCGGAAUCGAUAAUCCAUGGCAAGACUUGUCAAGCCUCAGCCGUAAUAAUGGACGAUGAUGCUGAUGUCACCCUGCAUGAGGACGAUGCCGAUGAUCGUCUGGAAAUCGAUGAAGAUGACGAAGAUCAUCAUUCGCAUUCGGCCCUCAAUUUAAGUGUCAGCGGUUCAACGCGUUGCCAACAUUGUCGCCAUCGUUGUAAAUCCUCAACGGAUUUGUUGCAUCAUCUGACCCAGUGUGUGGAGGCCAUACGCUGUGCCAAUGAGAUGUACGAUUCCAAUUCGGGUGAGAGCAAUGGCGAGCAAAGACGUUCGCACGAUACACAACAGUCAUUGCAACAGCAGGCGGCAGUGCAACAGAAUCGUGUCUGCAUUUGGAAUAAGGCAGCCAAGGAUUUGGCAGCUGCUGCGGCAGUUGUUUACCAGGAUAACAAAUCACUGGUUAAAUUGUCCAGCAAUCAGACACAGACAUCUAGCAAUGAAGAGAAUAGCUAUUAUGGCGUCGAAACGGCUCCGGGUUAUGGUGAGGUAACCAAAAAGAUGACACCCGAAGAGGAGGCAGCCAAUUCCUCCCUGAAGAAGGUUUACAAGUGUCCCCAUUGCAGUUUCUGGGCAUCGACAGCCUCACGCUUCCAUGUCCACAUUGUCGGGCAUUUGAAUAAGAAACCCUUUGAGUGUUCCCUCUGCUCAUAUCGCUCCAAUUGGCGUUGGGAUAUUACCAAGCAUAUUCGUCUGAAGACCAUACGCGAUCCCUCGCAUAAGACGGCCAAAGUUCUGAUGAACGAUGAGACCGGCAGACGUAACUACACCAAGUACAAUAAAUAUAUUACCCUAAUGAAGGUCACCGAAGAGGAUGGUGAUCCCAAGCUAAUGAAAUCUGGUGAGAUGACACCCAAUCAGGUGGCCUCGCUGGCAUUCCUUAAGGAUUACACAAAGGUAGCUGGUGGAGGAGGAAGUUCAGUUGUUCAGCAGGAUAUCACUCUGGAGCCAGUUCUGUCGAGCAAACCAAAUGCUCUGGAUGAUGCCCAUUUGGCUGAUAAUUUAAUACGUUUACCAUUGUUGGCCACCAUGAUGAAUGCCGCCAUGAUGAAUCAGCAGCAACAGCAGAAAGAGCAACUGCAGCAACAGGAGCAACAUCAUCAUCCAUCUGCCAUGAUAACACCAUCGGUGACCAUAUCGCCAGUGAAGCGUAGCAAUGCGUUAUCAUCGAAUAAGCCCAGCGAUGAUCUAAUCACAGAGGUUCAUCAAGAGGGCAGUGAGAAGAAGACCUUCUACAGAUGCCGCAAGUGUAACUUUAGACAUCACAAUCGAGAUGCAGUGCUGGCACAUGUAAAAAUUCACUAUCAGGAGGCCAAUUUUCCAAAAUCCUCAUCCACUGGUGGUAGUAGUACCUCACCACUACAAGUUUCGGUGGGCUCCAAUCCCCAGAUGUAUAUGAAUAAAGUAUUUGCCGCCAUGUGCCUAUCACAGAAUUCGCCACCAACGAAUGGCAAUUCGAUGGGUGGCAAUGGCCAACAACAUUCCCUUAUCUCGGCUGGCCUGCUGCAACGGGCCAUACAGGAGGCCCAACAAUCGCCAACGCCCAAUGCCAGUGCUCUUAGUGGCCUGGCCCUGGCGUUAGCCGGUAGCAAGUCGUCAGCCAAAGCCAGUGCCGCUUCCAUUUUAGAGCAUGGUGAGCAGAAAGCGAGUCAAAACGAGGCAAGUGCCGACAGUCUGACGUCGCCUACCACCACCACCACCACCACAACCACCAACAAAACCACAACUAGCACUACAAAUGGGGCUAGAUCCUUGCAGGAUCUGCUUACUUCACCACGUACUAGACAGGGUCUUUCUUCAUAUACAGCACAGGGUGCUGGAACUAAUCACAAUGCUAACAGUAAUUUGGUUGUGGAUAUGGGUACGGGCAUAAAUUAUCGGCAGGAUGCGUUCAACAUUGCCAACAAGCAGUCAACGAACAUCACCGUCGGCGUAUCAUCAACAAGCUCAAGCACACCACCUACCACAACCACGAAUUCAUCGCCUAUGCCAGUAACUACCACUACUCCUACUCCUAUAUCUAAUUCUAAUUCUUUUCCAACUGGUGCAAAGUCCUUGGCUCAUAAAUUGGUUAACCACAGUUCAUCAUCCAUCAAUAUCCACACAAAUGACACUCAUUUACCAUCAACAACACACCAACAACAACAACAACCACAACAACAACAACUCAUUGCCGGUGAUGGUUUCUUUACUAAUCCAAAAACCAUCCAGCCAGCCUCUUUUUCUGCAUCCUCGUCCUCGUCGUCGUCGUCGUCUUCUUCAUCUGCGUCGUCGUCGUCAUCGUCGACGUCAUCAUCAGCAUCGCAGGCAUCUCAGGCAUCACAGGCAUCUGCCGCCUCCUCGCCACACUCUUCGUCAUCGUAUGCGGCCGUGCCAACGCAGAAUAUACAGGCAACACGCUUCCAUAAUCCAGGUAGUCCCAGUCUAUUAACAAUGAACGAUGGCGAUCGACGCGAUCCAUCGCCCUAUCGUUGUGGCCACUGUCAACAAGUAUCGAAUUGGAAGCAUGUGAUCCAGCGGCAUUGUCGCUUAAAGCAUUCCGGGGAUAUACGGAUCGAGACCCUUGAGCGUAGUGCCAAUGCCGCAACAAAGGCACCGCCCAUUUAUCGUCCAUUGGGUGCCGGUGCCAGCAAUGAGUCCCAAUCUCACAUUACCACCAACAACAACAACAACAACAACCAUCAGAAUCAAAACCAGAGCAAUUCCAAGUCCAACAAUACAUCAGCAAACAAUGUCCAAAUGUUAGUGAAUAAACAAUUGGAGCAACUACUUCAUUCCCCACUCUCGGCCAGUGCUGCGGCUGUGGUAAAUGGUGCCAAUACCUCACAGGAUCUGCAAGCAGUGGCCGCCAUUUGGGCAGCAGCCUGCAAGGCAGCCGUUUCCAAUGGCAGUGCCGAGGAGCUGCUUCAACUCCAGCAGAAUGAUCAAAUCGAGAUAACCCGCCUGGGUCCCGAUCAAGGUAGUUCCAAUACCAAGAGCAAGCAACAAAAGUGUCCCGUUUGUCCUUACAUAUCGGAGAGUAAGUCCCAGAUGAACUAUCACGUCUCACUGCAUAAGCCCACCCAGUACGAGUGUCGUCUGUGCACAUUUGUGUGCGCCAAGAAGCAACACUUGAGCAGUCAUAUGCGUACCGUGCAUCAACAGCAAUUGGGAGGACCCACCACAGGAGGAACCACAACUGCUUCCACCUCAUCGUUGGGUCUGGACUUUAGUGUGGCCUUGCAGUUGGCAGCGGCUCAACAUUUGCCCACUACAUCGACGCCCCUCUCGAUUGAUCUAAGUCAACUCCAACUGGAACCACCCACCACGGAGAUUCCUCUCAAUCAACAGCAGCAACAACAGGAAUUGCCACCAGAAUAUCAAUAUAAAUUAAUAAGCUACUGUCCCAGAUGUCCGGCACGUUUUGCCCAGAAGCACAAUGAUGAGCGAAAUGUUAAACUUGAGUUGGAGCAGCAUUUAGCCGCCCACGAGCCCAACGAUCAGGAGGGCGAUGAAGUCUAUGUCUGCUCCUUCUGUGAGUAUCGCGCAGUGGCCGAAACUUCGCUACAAUUGCAUCGAGCCGUUCACAUGUCGCACUAUCAGGAGAAAUGCCAGCAAUUGUAUAAGAAUUGCAAAGAGGAUUUGGAGUAUCCGGCACCCAAAUUACUGCAGAUUACAGCCGCCGAAACCAUUUGGGUGGUUGACAAUGAGUUGGGAGUCCAACUACAGCAGCAAAGUCUCACCGGAGUGACCUCAUCAUCGCCAUCGAGUACGGCAGCAACUGCUGCUGGCAACAGUUUUGAUGGGCAAAAUUCGUUGCUCAAAAAGCAAUUGGAAUCGGGCAGCGGUGGUGGAGCCAUGGUGCGUGAUUCCACACCACCAAAGGCCCAGGAAGCCGAGGAAGAUGAAGAGCGUCAUAGUAGCUCGACACCGUCAACGUCUGCUUCAGUGGCCACCAGUGAUUUAGCUGCCGAUGGCAGCAGUGAAGCCGGCUCCAUUGAUAUGCCACAAUCGGCAGUGGCUCCCGAACGUUGCCUCCACUGUCCAUACGAGACCCAGCAGCAUGAUGAACUGCAGCAGCAUUUGCAAAAGCAUGCCUGCAUCAAUCCUCCACCACCUGGUGCCCAUCAGUGUGCCCAUUGUGAUUAUACCGCCACCGAGGAGCCAGAGAUAGAAGAGCAUACGAUCGUGCAUUUCAAUGCCAGUGAGAAACUGAAAUCCGUGGAAUUCUAUACUUGCUAUGAUCAGUUGGAAAUCAGUGUGGAACAAGAAUCAGAUGGCCAUGAUAAUGCCGAACAGAAGGUGGAUAUAUCGGAAAUUGAAGAGCAUAACAAUAAUCAACAGAAUGUGGCCAAUGCCAAUCAUGUCCAGCGCAUGGAGGUGGAGGAGACCACAGCAACAGUGGAACAGCAGCAACAAACAUCGACAGAAGAACAGAACGCUCCUCCCAAGAAAACAUGCACAAAGUUGAUUCUCUACAAGAACGAUGGGGAAUUGAGUGUGAAACCUUCACCGGAACCCGAGCCCGAGCAAGAGGAACCGCAACGGGCGGAGAAUAUCAGCGAUCGUCUGCGUCGUCGUAUACUUAGGGGUAAUGCGGCAACGGAGUCUACUCCCACCACUCCAGUGGCCACAGCAGAUGCCGAGACCAACAAAAUGAUACUGGUCAAUGCCAAAACGGGCAAAGUCAUUUCCAGAAAAUAAACCAAUUUUUGCAAAUUAUUUCUUAAAACAAAAAAGUAAUCAAAAAUCUAGAAUUGUUUAUUUAACCAAUAUUUUUGUUUUGCGAGAAAUAUUUUCUUUUAUUUCA